AAGUGUGCAAAAUAAGCUCAGACGAAGGUUAGCGAAGUAAAAUGCCCCUUUUGUGCCUUAAACAUGAGACGCCUAGCCUCACGGGUGGGAUGCUAAGGGAAACAUGUCCUAGGGUUGGGGUAUUAUUGCAAGAUCUGGGCGCAGAGUGCAGGCGAUCUGGGCGCAGAGAGCUGGAUUGGUGCAGAGCAAGGCUGGUGAUGGUUGGUAGGGCCAGAGCAAGGCUAGGCGUAGGCAUGGCAGAGGGUAGGGCAGAGCAAGGCUCGGGAUCUGGUGCAGCGGUGAAGGGAUCUGGUGCGGGAGCAAGGGUUGGUUUGGUGCAGCAGCAGGGGGUGUAGGAGGCAAGGCUCAGUUGCGGAAGCAAGGGGACGCAGAGUGCAAGGCAAGGCUGGUUCGGGUGUGAGGGAGGAAGAAGGUUCUGGAGAGAGAGAGAGAGAACGAAGACUUUUAUUUAUUU